AUGGAAUUCACAGGAGAUGAGGAAGGUACCCAUAAGUUCAGAAAGCUUAUACUAUUCUCUGGGAAUGACUAUUUGGGCUUGAGCUCACAUCCUACCAUUGGAAAAGCUGCUUCCAAGGCAGCCCUAGAACAUGGGAUGGGCCCCAGGGGCUCUGCUUUAAUCUGCGGAUAUACCGAUUACCAUAGGCAACUCGAGUCAUGCAUUGCAGACUUAAAGAAGAAAGAGGAUUGCCUUCUUUGUCCCACAGGAUUUUCAGCCAAUAUGGCGUUGAUGGUAGCUUUGGGAAAUGUUGGCUCUCCCUUGGCUGCUGGAAAAACACCUUUAACUAAUGAAAAAAUUGCCAUUUUUUUCUGA